AUGCAUGGGGGAGUAAAGGCAACAUUGACAGAACUUCGGUCGAAAUUCUGGUUAGUCCGUGGAAGGAACUCUGUAAGAAAACUCCUCUUCAAUUGUGUCACCUGCAAGAAGCAAGAUGGUAGAGCAUACAAGGCACUUAACUCUCCGCCAUUGCCAGAGUUUAGAGUAAAGGAAGCACCACCGUUUACGUAUGUUGGCUUAGACUACGUCGGUCCUUUAUAUGUGAAAUCUACAAACGAUUUAGAUGAGAAAGCAUGGAUUUGUUUGAUUACCUGCUGUGUUUCUAGAGCGGUACACCUUGAAGUUGUUCCCAACAUGACAUCACAAGCCUUCCUGGGGAGUUUUAGGAGAUUUACGUCACGAUGUUCGACGCCUUUGCUUGUCGUUUCGGACAACGCGAAAACCUUUAAGGCUGCGUCCAAAGAGUUAAUGACACUCAUGCGUGAUCCUCAAGUGAAGAAAUAUUUCUUGCAGCAACGAAUGCAGUGGUCGUUUAAUCUGGAGAAAGCCCCGUGGUGGGGAGGUUUCUUUGAGCGGCUUGUGGGAUCAUUGAAACGAUGUUUGAAGAAAACCAUCGGAAAGGCAAGAUUGUCUUAUGACGAGCUAGUUACAGCUGUCACGGAAGCAGAAUCGAUCCUGAACAGUCGACCCUUAUCCUAUGUAUCCUCCGAGGACGUCGAGGAACCCCUCACCCCAGCCCAUCUUCUGAGCGGAAGAUGGAUCCUGAGUUUACCUGAUCGUCAUCGAGAGAACCCUGAAGAUGAAGAUUUUCAAGUCGACCUAUCGACGAAUGACCUCAACAAACGAGUUCGCUAUCUAAAUGACAUUAUUCAACACUUUUGGCGAAGAUGGCGGAACGAGUAUUUGGUAGAGCUGAGAAAUGCACGUUAGAUUCCUAAGCAAACAGUAGAGAAAUCUUCUGUGGAAGUUGGAGAUAUAGUACUAGUUCACGACGAGAACCAUCCGCGUAGUUUCUGGAGAAUUGGAAGAAUAAAGGAACUUGUCAAUAGCACGGCUGAUGGGAAAUCAAGAGGUGCAGUUGUACAAGUCAUGAGCAAGAAAGGGAAAGUUACUACAUUAAGGCGUCCAUUACAGCUGUUAUAUCCUAUGGAGAUUAACUGUAAACUUGCGAAAGAAGAAGUACAAUUGGAACAAGAGAAUGGUGCUCAGGAGUCAACUGAAUCCGAAAGACCAAGAAGAAGAGAGGCGAUCGAAGGUGAACUGUUGAUAAGACAUUGGAUUAAGGACAUGAACCAGGUUUAG